ACUCACUCACAGUGGGCGAACGGGAAACUGAGUGAGCUGGUGACGCGUUUUCAACCUCCGACGCGCACUCGCGACUCCAUCCAACCGAGCACUCGAGCACAUCAAAACCAACAAGUGUCCUAACCGAACCCUGACCCAAAAUGCUGGUGAAGGCGUCGCGGUUGCUGCGGUGGCCGCUCGUGUUUGCCGUCUUCUCCAUUCUGAUGGUCGAGCUCACCCUCUACACUGCGCUCCGAUGGCUCGUCUAUGCCAUCGAGGCGGUAUUCACGACUCCAAAUUACCGCCGAAGAUUGCUCGGUAUUCGCGAAAUGCGAACGUAUGAGCAAUGGUUUACGGCGUCACAGCAAGCGGAUCGAGCUCAGGGUCGAGAUAGCUGGUCUGCCAACGACAGCGACGCCGCGUACGAUUCGGUACUCAUCGAAUCAAGCGUCAAGCAGCUCCAGGAGCAGAGUAGAAACGGCGAUAUCAAACGACUCAUGCACACGCUUGCGACCAAGUGCCACAAGAACUUGGCUGGCAUCAAUAGCGAAAUUCUGUACUCGCAUCAGUUUGUCGGGCGAACCAAGAACAUCAUCCACGAAUAUGCCCGCACACUGGAGGCUGCACUUGAUGUUGUGGCCGCCGCACCAGAAGACGUUCUGUCGCACGACCGCAAGGUCAAAUUUUUCCGGUCGUUGGAAAAGUCGUACGGCAAGUCAGCCCUGUGUCUCUCUGGCGGUGGUGGGCAAGGCUAUUACCACGUUGGCGUGGUGCGUGCGCUGCUGGAUCGAGGAUUACUUCCAGCAGUGAUUGCAGGCACCAGCGCUGGUGCCUUGAUCGGCUCGAUCGUCUGCACCAAAACGGACGAGGAACUCCGAACUGCGUUGACACCCGAUUUGCACGCCCAAAUGACGGCUUGUGCUGAGCCGUUGCCAAAGCGACUGUUUCGCUUCCUGAAGACUGGAAACAUGUUUGAAAAGGAGCCUUGGCUUGUUAAAACCCGAGCACUUAUCGGGGAUUGGACGUUUGAAGAGGCGUAUUUGCGAACCGGCCGCGUCUUCAACGUCACCAUCACUUCUGCGAACGUGCACUCGCCGCCAUUGCUGCUCAACUACAUCACCGCGCCCAAUGUGCUCGUCUACAGCGCCGUAGUCGCGUCGGCUGCCAUUCCUGGGCUUCUCGAAGCCUGCGAAUUGUUGGUCAAGAACGAUGAUGGUUCAGUCGAGCCGUACCACGUUGUUGGCGAAAAGUGGACGGAUGGCGGACUCAAGACGGACUUGCCGAUGCAGUCGCUUUCACACCUGUUCAAUGUCAAUUACUUUAUUGUUUCUCAGGUAAAUCCGCACAUCAUCCCAUUCCUGUACGAGCGCAAGGGCUCUGCGGGUCAGCCAGUGUGGCGAGCAAAGGGCGUCCGCGGAGGCUUUAUCACUGCUCUGCUCGAGGCCAUGCUCAAGUACGACAUGAAAAAGUGGCUGAUUGUCAUGAAAGAGUUGGAGCUGUUUCCAAUGUUCCUGGGGCACGACUGGAGCUUGAUCUUUUUGCAAAACUUUGCAGGAUCGGUGACCAUUUCGCCGUCUCCUCGAUUUUCCGAUUACCUUCUGAUUCUGCAUGAUCCGACCCGGCAAAGGAUGGCAGAGUACAUUCAUCGUGGCCAAACCUUCACGUACCUAAAGGUUGGCAUGAUUGAAGUCGCGUACCGAACUGAAAAGAAGAUUGACACCAUUCUGCAGUCACUGGGAGCCCUCGACAUGUUUGACACGAUUCUCGCGUCUCCAAUUGUCCGAGAGCUCCGCCUGCAGCAGGAGAAGACCAACAUGACCAUCGAAUCGCCGCCAACAGCGCCAAAGUCCCCCCGCACCGUCCCGCUGUUCCAAGCCACCAUCAACACUCCUCCCAGCAACCAACUCACCCCAUUCGAGUCGAGAACGGACAGCGAAACGACGUCAGCAGCAGUGCUGCCGAUGGAGCUCGGUGGUGCGUUGCUCGAUUCUGGAGACGUCGACUUGCGGCAAGAAAGCGAGUUGAUCAAGCUACGACGUCAGACCAUCCACUAGAAGGAUGUUGCCAAGCUUUGAUGUGUGGGCUGUGAUGAUUGUAUGGAAGAGCCUCGAUAAAGAGAAACUUCACAACGACACCCUUGAGUAACGUUACAAAAACACAUAAACUCCAACUGUCAUUUGAGACCAUCCACACGCAAUCACAGUUCUUUGUGCACGAGAAAUAAUAAAUUGUGGCAGACAAUGCAAACCGAA